AUGGCGCCAUCCACAUUCCACCCCUUUUCUAGACUUCCCACUGAGCUCCGCUUCUAUAUCUGGGAAGACGCAUUGUCUGUCCCAGCCGUCUGGGGCAUAUCACGCAUCACUCCCUCUAAAUCCGACGAUUCCGUCGACACCGCCGCAUCGAAGUUCAAGAUGGGUUUUAUUGGCCACGCUCCAUACCUCGUGGGCCUAGCCUGUCGGAAGGCCUGGCAGUUGAUCCAGCGAUCUUCCAAGAUCCAAAUUGGCCGCCCUUCGAAGCGGUACGAGCCGUCGGAGCCGUCGGCUGAGCGUCAAUGGGUCGACUUGGACAAUACAGUCCUGUAUAUCGACAGCUCAAAACAUGCGUACGAUAUCAUCGAACACUUGCACUUCCAUACCCGGUGCGGGGUCAAACAUAUUCUCUUUGACUUGCGGGAAUCGUCACUCGAGCCGGAGUCAAAAAUGGUGAGAAUUACGUGUCUCUUCGGCCGGACUUUCCCACAACUCCAGACCGUUAUUGUUCGGUGGUUUGACAUGCCGUCCCGUAAAGAAGGCGAUAAGGAAACGAGUUGGGAGGAACGACGUGAGGAACACAUCCGAAGAAUACUAAAACCGGUGCCAACCCCAACGUUGGAGGAGGCCGAGCACUACGCCGCGCUUCUAACCUAUACCGGGCCCGAGUUGGACUUUCCCAGCCGCGACACGGAGGGUUGCCGCUGGGAACUCUCGUAUAUAUUUAAGGCCAUGUCCGUCCCGCUGCGGAAAGUACAUUUUAUUUCCAAAGAGUUGACGCCGUAA